AUGUCGCUCGAGGAGAAACUGGCCAGGAUCAAGUCGCCGAAUCUCCAGAGUCAGCAGCAUACUGCGGUGGUUCUGUCCUCGAUCGAGGAAACCCUCACAGAGCAGAAGACGAAAUUUACACCCACGGCCUACUUUGCCGCUUUGCUUGCCCUUCUGAAACAAUCUGCUUCUACGAGCAGUGAUAAUGAGGUCGUCAGCUCCGCCGUCUACCUCCUCGACCUGAUCACUUCACAUGUCCCUGCAAGCCUCCUUCGGUCACAGUUUACCACAAUCCUGUCCCUGCUGGCACCCUACCUGAACGCCUCUUCAGCGAACGGGCCUUUACUACGAUCAGCAGUAGGAUGUCUGGAGUCGUUGCUGAUUGCUCAAGAUGCUGCCGCCUGGAAUCUUCCGCAGACGCAAGCCAGCCCUCGGCAGACAGUUCCUUUGCUGCUCACACUGGCCAUUGAUUCGCGGCCGAAAAUAAGGAAACGAGCGCAGGAGGCUAUCACAAAUAUUUUGAAAAAUCCUCCACCGGGCCCUGCGAUCGACCACCCCGCCGCCGAACUGUGCGCAGUGGCUGCCCAGAACAAUCUCAAGAACGCCGUGGACCUGGCUCACCAGGUACGGCGACAGAAGGGUCGUUCAGACGACAGCCACGAGCCGGCUGUGAUUCAUGCACUGCAGCUGACGAAAACUAUUGCGGUGGCAUCAGGUGGGUGGCCAAGCAAGAAGAUUGAAUCACUCUGCGAGUUGCUCCUGUCCAUAUCUAGGUCAAGAAAUGAUUAUUUGGUCAUGAGCGCCUUUGAAGUGUUCGAGGUAAUAUUCGAGGGAAUGCAGGAUGAAGUCUCGUCCUCAAAGCUACCACGCUUGCUGGAAGCGAUCGUGGAUCUGAAGCCCCCUCAGAACGACUCUCAGCUGCUUCCUCCCUGGAUAGCAAUCGUGUCGAGAGGCUAUGGUACAGCCGCAGUCGUGGAACCUGAAGACACUUUCGCGAAACUGCCGGAGCUCUGCGAUCUGGUGACACCGUUUCUGACCAGCCCAUCUCACAACAUCAGAGUUUCGGCGUCAGAGUGUCUCAUUUCCUUCUUUGCAAAUUGCAUUCCGGAUAGCGUCAUAUCUGAUCCGUCAGUAUAUGAUGAGAAGGUGCUCGAGCAGCUGUCGAAAAAAGCACUUGACCUCCUGGCUGUGAAGUAUCAGACGGCCUGGAUGGAGGUGUUCAGCACCAUGUGCGCUAUUUUCGACGCUUUGAGGUGGCGGGGUGAUCCGUUCUUGCUUCCUAUCGUAAAGGCGAUCGGUGAGUUACGGAGCCAUGAGGGAUUUCAAGGCAAGAAGGAAGCGGACAAAGUCCUUGGGCAUGCCAUCCGCAACCUUGGCCCCGGUGCCGUGUUGAGUGUUCUCCCUCACAACCUCAUCAGACCACAGCCAGGGCAGCCCGGUAGAGCAUGGCUUCUCCCCUUACUGAGAGACCAUGUAUCCAACACGAAUCUGGCACAUUUCAGAUCCGACCUAGUCCCUCUCAGCGAGGCGAUGUAUCAGAGGAUAAUCGAUCAUGGCAACGCUGAGAAAACAAUGGACAUCAAGGUUUUCGAGACUGUGGUGCAGCAGGUCUGGGCCACUUUGCCAGGCUAUUGUGACCUUCCCCUCGACUUGCAAACGGCCUUUGACCAGCCAUUCGCAGAGAUGCUCUCGAAUCUGCUUUACAAGCAGACGGAUCUGCGAGUGGAUCUGUGUCGAGGCCUGCAGAAUCUGGUGGAGUCAAACCAGGCACUUCUAGCAUCGGACCUUGAAGAUGAGGUCCUUCUACUAGAACGACGACUACGAAGAUCAGAUGCGGAGAAGAAUAUUCAGCACUUGUCCCAGUUCGCGGGCAACCUUCUGGCAGUCCUGUUCAAUGUCUACAGUCAAACACUGCCCCAGUCUCGUGCAUACAUUCUGCAAUGCAUCAACAGCUACCUGAGCAUCACUCCCGAGAAGGAUUUAGUGGACACUUUUGAGCGAGUGUCGUCUAUGCUGCAAGACGCACUGCCAAAAGCCGAUCAGCCACCUCCCAAAAAGGAACCGAUUCAGACAUCUGGCACUAAACUCCCUCCAACUUCUCACACACUACUUGACCUUGUCAUCGCGCUUUCUGUUCAUCUACCAAGAUCAACGUUUUCCUCGCUCUUCGCCAUCUCUUCCAACAUCCUGACCAACCCGACAAUCCUCAAAUCCGAUCCGCAACUGAUCAAGAAAGCGUACAAGCUCAUUCCGAGACUGUCGAGUUCUCCCGUUGGGGCAGAGGCGCUUACUGCUCGCAACAGAGAACUGCAGGAAUUGAUUCUUCGGACUUCGGAAACAACACCUGUUCCUGCCCGACGAGAUCGCAUUCUCGCGAUUCAUACACUCGUCUCCUUCCUCCCUCUGACUGACCUCCAUUUCAUUCCCAGUAUGCUCAGUGAAGUUGUCUUGGCGUGUAAAGACAGUAACGAGAAAGCUCGAACUGCGGGAUUCGACCUCCUCAUCGCGCUCACGGAGAAAGUCUCUAGCCCAUCGAAUCCCCCGGACACGAAGAUCCGCAACCGCCUAGUACCACACAUGCCAGACAAUUCCCCCGACGCGCCAGCAACACUAGAAGAGGUUUUCACCAUGGUGAGUGCUGGUUUGGCUGGCGUGGCUCCACAUAUGGUUGCCGCCAGUAUCAUCGCGCUGAGCCGGUUGUUCUUCGAGUACCACUCACAGUUAGACGAUAAGACAAAAGAGGAGCUUGUCGAUACCGUCUGUAUAUUUUUGCAGUCGAACAACCGCGAAAUCGUCCGUGCUGUGCUUGGAUUCGUCAAAGUUAUGGUUGUGGUACUGCCCACUGAGAUCCUAGAACCCAGAAUGCCCAAUAUUGUCCCCGGACUGAUGGUCUGGAGCAAAGAAAAUAAAGGACGAUUGAGGGCCAAGGUCAAGGGAAUAUUAGAUCGCUGUCUGAGAAGAUUCGAUUCCACCAAGGUUGAAAGCUGGGUUGGUGGGGAUGAUAGGAAGAUGGUAGUUAAUAUUCGCAAACGGAGAGAGCGAGGACGGCGGAAGAAGAAGGGGGAUGAAGAGAUGGACGAAGAUGAGGACACGGCGACGGAAAAAUACGAUAACGAAUUCGACGAGGCUGUCUACGGCUCCGACGACGACGAUUCGGAGAUCGAAGGCAGCGACGAUGGAGAUAACGACGAUGCUACUACCUCAGGGGUGUCUUUCAAGAGAACUUCAGUGGCUGGCAGGAAGAGAGGAAAUGAACAGUAUAUCCGCCAGGACGAUGAGGAUGACGAGCCGCUCGACCUGCUCGACCCACGAAGCAUGGCCAGCAUUGCUACGAAAAAGCUUGGACGCCUGAGGGAUGUGCAGUCGGGCACGAAGAAAACAAAAGCGAAAUUCAACGAGGACGGCAAAUUGGUCUUUGGUGACGAGCAAGAGGAUGAAGGCGGUGAUGUCGAUGUUGUCAUGUCUGGCUCGGGAAACCAAGACAACUCGGUCAACGCCUAUCUCGACGCGGUGUCUGGCGCCGAUGCUGUCAGGCGGGGUCAGAAAGGCAGGCUCAAAGUCAAAUCCGGCAUGCAGAAGAAGACGAAGCAGGAGACUCGCGACAGAGACGAUCAAGAGAUGGAGCUGGAUGUCGAAGAGGCAAGACAGGUUGCGAGACAGAUCAUGCAGGGCUCCUCCGGAUCUCCCAGAUCGCCUGGUGGUAAGGGAAAGAGGGAUCCGAGACAGCAGAGGCGUGGUCUGGGUGUUGAGAAGAGGAGAGACCAUUCUCAGAAGCAGCGGUUCCGAAGCGGGAGUGGUGCGGGAAGACGAGGUGGUGGAAGAGUGCGGUUUGGAGGCAGGAAUGGCGGCAGGAGAUGA